AUGACGUCGCCCUACCAUACCUCGACAUCUUUCUCGCCGUCCGAUAUGGCCGCCGCGCCGAACAGAUCUGUUUCCGAUCUGCCACAAGCGCAAGUUGACGCUAUCAUUCGGACAAAGCGCAAAGCGCGGGAGCCCAAAGCCUGUUACCCAUGUCACGCGCGAAAGGUUAAAUGCGAUCGUAACCUACCAUGCGAUGGUUGUGUCAAGCGCGAUCAUGCAGAUCUCUGUUCCUACGAACGACCGUCCAAGAAACGCCCGCAGGCCUUCCACGAGAGCCCUGUUGGCGGUGCAUCAGCAAGCUCGGCAUUAGAACAGCCCGCUCUUUACAGUCACGAUGAUAAUUCGACACACGUUAAUUCCGAACCUAUUCCCGCGUACUCCAAUCGGGCAAAUGGCGUAAGCUCGGGGGGCCGUGUGUCCAUCGCGCGGGAGGAAUGGGAUAAUGUGCGCAACCGACUCCGGGAAAUGGAAUCCACCAUUUCGUCACUGCGUGUGGGACUCGAGCGUGCUGAAGAGGGGCCGGCUGUGGCACUGGAAACCGGGAGUGUGCAGAGCGGGGACACGAGUUCCCGAUCCAAAGGCAACUCUCCAGAACGCGAAGGUAUACACGCUGCAAAUACUCUUGGCAAAGGCACGGUUCAUCUGGGAUCGCGCUCAGUCUUGGCUUACAUUUUGAACAACAAGUCGGGUUCGGAUCAGUUGCAGGCCCUUUUGGAAGGAGGUAUACUACCCAAGUUGGGUCUGGACAACGAAUCUGCCACUUAUCCAUUUGUUGACCUAUGGUCAUCCGAUAUGUCAACAUUUGACAUCAGUGCUGUAUGCAGCGCCCUACCGACUGAUCAGCAAUGUAGAGAAUUCUUCUUUUGCUAUAAAGAUAUUGCAGGAGCUAUCUAUCCUGUUCUUGAAGAUAUUCAUGAAUUUGAGAAUAGUCUGAGGCUCCUUUUGCAGAACAGAACAGCCUCCGGAGGAGUCUAUCGAGAGGAUGCCAACGAAGCGCAGAAUCCUUUCGGAGUGAGCAUUGCUUAUCUGGGUCUACUGUUUGCUGUUUUGGCAUCAGGCUGCCAGUCAUCCGACCUUGGAAGCAAAGAACGAGAGCUUACAUCUCAAGUCUAUGUGUGUUGUUCUUACCAAUGCCUUCGCAUGACCAACUUUUUGUCUCAGCCGACCAUUGAGGCAAUUCAAACACUCCUUGUUAUUGGAAAUGUCUUGUCUUACAAUAUGAACCCCGGAAUCUCAUAUGUUCUACUGGGCAUGACCCUUCGCAUGGGGCUAGCACUGGGGUUGCACGUUGAAUCAAGCAGAUUUUCGCCAUUGGAGCGGUACCGUAGACGACAUGUCUGGUGGUCCAUGGCUUGGCAAGACAGCCAUUUUUCUCUUUCCUACGAUCGACCUUCCACUACUGCAGUCAGUCAGCCAGACAUUGCAUACCGUGAAGGCUCGAAGCCAGGCGAUCUGUCGUACUUUGAAACCCUCUGUCGUGUAAUAUCUCUCGCUCUUGAGGUUGUGCGCAUUCGGAUGCUCAGCCCACAUUCGCAAAUGAGCUUCGAAUCCAUUCAAGGGUAUAAGGAAAGAAUCAAGAGGAUCAUGGUUGAAGCAAAGCCUCACUUGCGAGAUGCGAAGUGGUGCUCUAGUUCGCCAGAGCAUCUUGAACGAGUUGUGCUCAAAUUACACUCGUCAUACAUCUCGUCGGAACUCUGCCGACCAUCGCUCAAGCCAUCUGUUGACUCGAAUGAUCCUGAUACCUCAAGCAUGCGUGGGGACUGUGUAUCAAACCUCAUGACGACUGUCGAAGCUUAUAUCGAAAUGCACAACAUCAGCUCCCAUGCAUCACGAUCAUGGAUCGCCUUGCAACGAGCUAUCAGCUCAGCUUUUCUUCUUGCAGUGAUCGAGGAAGCAAAAUCUGAACCGAAAGUUUGGAUUCUUUUGCGCCAACUAGAGAGCAUAAUUGCUCAACGUGCUAGUAACGAGCGCGCAUAUGAUACUGAGGAUGUUACUGGCACCGCGAGCGCCAUGACUUCCCCUCCUCAAGGCAUGGGAAGCUAUGACCCAAUCACUGGGGCUUUGAACUCGUCUAGCAUGGAUCCGACUUCGCCUGCAGUGACUGCAGAUAAUCAGACGCAAUGGGCCAAAUCUUUGGCCAAAACACAUCGAGCGCUACAGAAGCUUCUCAAUGCCUUUGGAAAUCAUCAAACGCGUGGAUCUGCUGGACGUAGUCCGGCAUAUAUUCAGUCUAAUCCGAAUGCGACAGCCGCAUCAGCAUCAACGGCUGUAUUUGUUCCUCCUGUUUCGACGGCGAUGACUCCUAGUGUUGGAUCCCUUCCACCUCCUACCCCGGAAAGCUCUGGUAGUGGUGAAUGGACAAUUCCUAACAUCUUGGAUCGCGCACAAGAGUAUAUUCAUCCGCCGCUAUGGGGCUAA